GCAAGUGCUAAAUUAGUGAGGAAAAAUUUUAAAUGAACUCUCUCUAAUGUCAAUGACCACCUUCUAGGAUCUGAUGACGUCUAUUAUUUGUUAUUACACCUUCAUUACAUGUGUGCGCACCCUGUCACGCGGCCGAAAGUACCUAGAUUCAUGAGGUGAUAUUCGAAUUUUGCGAACAUGAACGAUAGACGGAGGGCCGACGACGUCCAGCAUGUCACCGAACUGUCAUUCCGCAACAACAACAACGUCGGCGGCAAGGAGCCCAGCAAGUACGACGACCCUCCAAACUCAAGGCUGUUCAUCGUCUGCGACAAGCACAUCACAGAGAAGGAGUUCCAAGAGGCCUUCUCUAAGUACGGCACCAUCGAGGAGAUUUGGUUUGUCAAGGACAAAACCUCUGGUGAACCGAAAGGUGUUGUUUACAUCAAAUUUUCAAAAACUUCUGAGGCGGCUUCAGCAAUGGAGGAAAUGAAUGGUUCUUGCAUCCCAAACCACCCACGGCCUUUGAAGGUCAUGAUAGCAGCUAGCCGAGAUCAGGGAUCAAGGAGGGAAGUGAAUGAAGAAGAGAGGUUGCUACGACUGUUUGUGAUGGUGCCAAAAAGCAUGACUCAGAAAGAGUUGGAGGAGGUUUUUUCUCAGUAUGGUGAUAUUGAUUACGUCUCUAUUGUCAAGGACCAUGAGACCAAAGCUAGCAAAGGAUUUGCUUACAUUAAGUACCAUAGGGCCAGUCAUGCAGCUAAGGCCUUCGAAGGUUGUGAUAAAUCUUUCAAGCCCGUUUUCGCCGAGCCAAAGCCCCAGAAGUCGUCCGGUCCCGCCUCGGAGCCUGACCGUUUUCCCUUGCAACUAGGAUCUAAUGGCAACUUUGCUGAGGCAUUUAACCAGGGUGAAGCCUGCAGCACCAGUCUGACCAUCAUCGCGUCACCCUCGCUUAACCAAGAUCAGCUGUGGCGCCUCUUUGACAUUGUGCCUGGCAUGGACUACCUCCAGCUCCUUCCCGACCCUGUCACCGGGCAGUUCAAGGGACACGCUAUUGCCGUCUACAAGUACCCACAAGCUGCUGCCUUUGCAAAGGAAAAGCUCCAUGGGUUCGAGUAUCCCAUCGGACAACGACUGAUCGUCAAAUUGGAAUCGUCCCUUAACAAAGAUAGACCAGUGCUAACUGGUCCAGGACCCUCUACAGUGCCUAGGCACAGCAUUGUGCCACUCAGCCAGCAAGCCGUCAGACCUGAAUUUACUGCCUUACCUGAAAAUUUCGUAUCUGCAAGGGCCAUAAUUCAAGUAGCAGCUACGAAUCCAGGAAUUCCUGCCAUUAUGGCUCGUCCUGUUGACAAGACAUUCGACCCUAGAUUUUGCUCAGUACCUCUUCCGCCACCCCAAAAUUGUGCUCCUUACGGCGCAGAAGUUGUCGAGAGGCUGUUCAUUGUAUGUCAGCCGUCUCCACCAGCAGUGCCUAUUUUGAAAGAUGUCUUCAGUAGAUUUGGAAAUUUAAUAGACGUCUACCUAAUUGGUCAGAAGACUUGCGGCUACGUGAAGUAUGCCUCAAAAGAUAGCGCCGAGCUGGCUAUGAAGACUCUACACGGAGAAAUGAUAUGCGGGCGCAGGUUGAAAGUUCUGCCAGCAGAACCUGCCAAGGAUGACGUGAGUCGCAAAAGGGUCAAGAUGGAAUAUUGAAUGAGCUCACGACCUACGCCAAGCUGUACGAAAGACUUGCAACGAGACAAACAAAACGACUUGCGCCCAACUUAUUUUGUGUGUCUUCUGUGAGGACUAUUGACUCUCUAUUAUAUUCAUUUUUUAUGUUUUGAAUCUUUUUAUUUUAUAACGGUUAAUUUUUCUCUUAAUUCAGAGUACAGUAUUAACAAGUAUUACAUUUUUAAAUAUUUAAUUAGCGUAUUUUGUCGUUAACUCAUUUUUACCCAAGUGAUCUAACGUGAUUUACAUUUUUUGUUAUAAUUUGUAAUGUUCUCUUGAUACAUACAUCACAUCUUCUUGAUGAUUAUGGUAUUAUUAGCAAUACUAUUUAUAUACAUAAUAUUUAGUCACUGUCACAUUAAAGCAAAUUUGUUACUCUCACAAGCAUUGUUUUACUUUUAUCAUUGCUUGGACACUUUGGACUCCUUUUUCAGACUUGAUCAGCUUGAGACACUUGAAACUGAAGGCCAUAGAGUAGAAAUACUGUGAGACUGUCUUCUGAUAGGAGAAUAAUCUGCAUAAAUUUAAAAGAUAAUAGGAUUCUACAAAAUCUUUAUUUAAUCAUCGGUCUCUUUGAUUUACUGAACUCCGAGCCUGUAAAUUGAGCUACGCAGCAAAAAUUAGAACAAUGAAAUAUCUUUUGCCUUUAAUUGUUUGCUUAGCAUUCAGCUUUGAGAUUGGCAGAACCAAUUCUCCAAGCAAACUUGGUUCAGAAUGGGUUGAAAUCGGCAACAAAUCGUACUACUUUGAGAUGCAAAAUUACGCGGAUUGGUAUGAUGCCCAGACUCUGUGUGAGCGCCGAAACUUGACCCUAUUGAGUCUGCAAACCGCCGAAAAGUGGAACACUUUCACAACCUUUUUGCUUGCCAAUCCAGAUUUUGACAUGAAUUUGUGGUCUUCUGGAGCCAGACUUGACGACGGACAAUUUCUCUGGCGGUCAACUGGCGAAGAGGUCAGUUUUACUAAAUGGGCGUUUGGAGAGCCCAAUAUGCCAUCAGGAUCAAAUUACUGCAUUGUGUUCUCUGCGAAUCCCAAUGGAUGGGAUGAUAUCGACUGCACUGGUCGCUGGUUUGCAUCAGUGUGUGAGGAAAAUGCAGUUUAAUCGCAACGAAAAUAUGAUAAGUUUGAAAGUUUUAUAAUUCGGUAUUUUCAAUAAAUAUCUCGCAUCGCAUUA